AUGAGGCCCCUGGUGAUGAGGCCUCUAGUGAUGAAGCCCCUGGUAAUGAGGCCCCUGGUGAUGAGGCCCCUGGUGAUGAGGCCCCAGGUGAUGAGGCCCCAGGUGAUGAGGCUCCAGGUGAUGAGGCCCCAGGUGAUGAGGCCUCUGGUGAUGAGGCCUCUGGUGAUGAGGCCCCUGGUGAUGAGGCCCCAGGUGAUGAGGCUCCAGGUGAUGAGGCCCCAGGUGAUGAGGCCUCUGGUGAUGAGGCCUCUGGUGAUGAGGCCCCUGGUGAUGAGGCCCCUGGUAAUGAGGUCCCUGGUGAUGAGGCCUCUAGUGAUGAAGCCCCUGGUAAUGAGGCCCCUGGUGAUGAGGCCCCUGGUGAUGAGGAUCCUGGUGAUGAGGCCCCUGGUGAUGAGGCCCCUGGUGAUGAAGCCCCUGGUAAUGAGGAUCCUGGUGAUGAGGCCCCUGGUGAUGAGGCCCCUGGUGUGUGCUGGACCACAGUCUCCUGGAACUGCAGGCUGCUCCCUGUCAUGCCCUCAUGGCUCCCCCUCUGCUCUGCUUAAUGCUGCCAUUCAGCUGCUGCUCCAUGGGGCCCAGAGGGCCUGUAGGGAGGCCGGGGGCUGGGGACCGCUGCUCUGCCCCAGCCAGGGGAGCUGGAGGUGGGCCUCCGAGCCCG